CCCGGUCCAUGAUGGACAGCCGCAUCCUGGAGCACCCCCAUGCCCAGUUCGGCGGCAUGGUGGGCUUCCCCUACCCCCUGGGCCACCACCAUGUCUACGAGCUGGCCGGGCACCAGCUGCAGGCGGCCGCCGUGCCCUUCUCCAUCGACGGAUUACUCAACGGCUCUUGCGCCGCCUCGGUGGUCAACCCCACCCCGCUGCUGCCCUCCGCCUGCGGCGACAACCAGCCCUUCAAGCUGGCCGACUCCGGCGACCCGGACAAGGAAAGCCCCGGGUGCAAAAGACGCCGGACCCGGACCAAUUUUACCGGCUGGCAGCUGGAAGAGCUGGAGAAGGCGUUCAACGAGAGCCACUACCCGGACGUCUUCAUGAGGGAGGCGCUGGCUUUGCGGUUGGACUUGGUGGAAUCCAGAGUGCAGGUCUGGUUCCAAAACCGGCGGGCCAAAUGGCGCAAAAAGGAGAACACCAAGAAGGGGCCGGGCCGGCCGGCGCACAACUCCCACCCCACGACGUGCAGCGGCGAGCCCAUGGACCCCGAGGAGAUCGCCCGCAAGGAGCUGGAGAAGAUGGCCAAGAAGAAGCGCAAGCACGAGAAGAAGCUGCUCAAGAGCCAGGGGCGCAACCUCCACUCGCCCAGCGGCCUCUCGGUCAACAGCAGCACGCAGAGCUCCGACAGCGACGGCGGCGGGGGGGGCCUCUCCCCGGACCCGCCCGACGCCUGCAAGCCCCCCCUGGGCGGCCCGCCCCACCCGCCCCUGCCCGGCAGCUGCGACCCCACCGGCCCGGCUUUCUACCCCGGCAACAGCUGCGCGGCCAAAGGGGCCUCGCCGUCGGGCUCCGAGGGCGCGGCGCCCCCUCCCUCGACGCCGCGGGGCCCCGGCUGCCCCAAGCUCAACCCCUUCAGCGUGGAGAGCCUCCUGUCGGACUCUCCGCCCCGGCGGAAAGCGGCGCUGGACUUCCCCCCGGCCCUGGCGCCGUGCGCCCCGACGGCGCGCACCCUCAUCGGCAAGGGCCACUUCUUGCUCUACCCCAUCACCCAGCCGCUGGGCUUCCUCGUGCCGCAGACGGCCCUCAAGAGCCCCCCGGGCCAGGAGCCCCCCCAGCGGGGCUCCCCCCUGCCGGCCGCCAACCCCAGCCCGGACCCGGCCCCCCCGAAAAGCAGCACCACCGCCGCCGUCUCCGCCGCGCCGGGCUCGCAGCUCGGAGGAGGCUCCGGGGAGGGGGCGCCUUCGCCCCCCGCCCCCCCGGCCGCCGCCGCCUCGCCCCCCUCCUACUGCGACUCUUCCUCCUCUUCCUCCCAGGCGGACAGUAGCGGCGCCCCGGCGCGACCAAAGUCCCCCUUUCGCCUCUCCCCCCCGGCAAAGGACCCUUGCCAAGCCAGAGACAAUUCGGAUUGUCGCCCGGAGCCCAGCUGUCCGGCAGAGACCAGCAACCUAGACUGUGAAGAAGUAGACAUGGAGUAG